AUGCGUGAUCGCAGUGGUAUGGUGAAUAUUAUGCAUGAUCGCAAUGGUAUGGUACAUAUUAUGCAUGAUCGCAAUGGUAUGGUGAAUAUUAUGCAUGAUCGCAGUGGGAUGGUUAAUAUCAAGCAUGAACGCAGUGGUACGGUGAAUAUAGUGCAUGAUCGCAGUGGUAUGGUGAAUACUAUGCAUGAACGCAGUGGUAUAGUGAAUAUUAUGCAUGAACGCUGUG